UCCUCGGAGAUCUGAACUGGAUGUGCACCCAGCAGUGAAAUCAGCGCAGCUUACUAAACACCUAACUAGUUUUGCCUAGCUCAAAGGAUAGCUACAGAAUAGCCCUUUUUACAGCUGCAAAAUAUUCGUCAGUUGCACCCUGAAAAAUAACUUGAAGAGGAGAGGGCCGGCUCCAAGAUGUCUGUGGCGGGCUUGAAGAAACAAUUUUAUAAAGCCAGCCAGAUGGUGAGUGAGAAGGUGGGAGGAGCUGAAGGGACCAAACUGGACGAGGACUUCCGAGACCUGGAGAGGAAGGUAGAUAUAACGAGCAAAGCUGUGGUGGAUGUCAUCUCUAAAACCUCAGAGUACCUACAGCCUAACCCAGCAUCCCGAGCGAAGCUGUCCAUGCUGAACACCAUGUCCAAGAUCCGGGGGCAGGUGAAGAGUCCAGGUUACCCGCAGGUGGAGGGGCUGCUGGGAGAGUGCAUGGCCAAAUAUGGGCGUGAGCUGGGGGAGGAAACCAACUUCGGUGCCGCUCUUGUGGAUGCAGGAGAGUCGAUGAAGAGGCUGGCGGAAGUAAAGGAUUCUCUUGACAUCGAUGUGAAACAGAACUUCAUUGAUCCUUUACAGGGGCUGUGCGACAAGGACCUGAGGGAAAUACAGCACCACCUGAAAAAGCUGGAGGGCCGCCGGCUGGACUACGACUACAAGAAGAAGCGCCAGGGGAAGAUUCCAGACGAGGAGGUGCGGCAGGCGCUGGAGAAGUUCCACGAGUCCAAGGAGGUGGCCGAAACCAGCAUGUAUAACCUUCUGGAGACUGAUAUCGAGCAGGUGAGCCAGCUGUCCUCAUUGGUGGAAUCGCAGCUUCAGUAUCACCGGCAGGCCGUGCAGAUCCUGGAUGAGCUGUCAGACAAGCUGAAGGACAGGAUUACUGAGGCACAGUCGCGCCCACGCCGGGAGUACACCCCCAAACCCAAGCCUGUGUUUGAGUAUGGAGAGCCCAACCAAUCAAACGGCGGCUUCGCGCCCUCCGCUGCUCCGCCCACCCGAUCCUCAGCCUCGUCCUUCAUGCGCAGAACAUCCUCGCGGAAAUCCCAGUUCUCAGUGGAACAGCCCUGUUGUAAGGCGCUGUACGACUUCGACCCAGAGAACGACGGCGAGCUUGGUUUCCGCGAGGGUGACAUCAUCACACUGACCAAUCAGAUCGACGAGAACUGGUACGAGGGCACGCUGCACGGCCAAUCAGGAUUCUUCCCACUCAACUAUGUGGAAGUGGUGGUUCCCCUGCCACACUAAGACGGAAGGGCAGGGAAAGGGCGGGGCGGGGCAGGGCGAGGGGGG